CUGACCAGCCAAGUAGUCACAGCCCCCACAAGCUCUACCUGCCUGUCAGAUGCCUCAUUCCCACCUGUGACGCUCAGAGAGAAACCAUGAGCUGUUUUGUGAUGUCACCUCUGGAAUGUUCUGAGUGUUUUGGUGACCAACUUCUGCAUAGGACCUAUACUUGGCAACUCACAUUGAACUCAAGGCCAGAUUUUACAAGAAAAAGAGAUCCCAGAUUGGAAAGCCCAGAAAUCCCAGUCAAUGUGGUUCUACCUCAGAGGGGCGCAGCCGAGCCCUCCCCGAGGCUCCACAGCUCCUGCAGCCCCGGGGGCUGCGCGCGGCCCCGGCUGAGCCGCGGGGUCGGGAACCACCGCUCCGCCCCGCUGAUCCGCGUCUCCUCCGCGCCCUUGGACCGCAUGGAGCCCCCCCUGUCCCAGGCCGACCUGGAGCUGGACUACAACCCGCCGCGGGUGCAGCUCAGCGACGAGAUGUUCGUGUUCCAGGGCGGGCGCUGGGUGAGCGAGAACUGCCGCCUGCAGCCGCCCUGCUUCUCCCCCUCGGCCUCCUUCCACCGCAAGCUGCACCACAAGAGGCUGCCCCAGGAGUGGGUGCUGCAGGAGGAGACCAGGGCGCUGCGCGAGGAGACCCGGCUGCUCCGCGGGGAGACGCGGCUGCUCCGCCGGGAGACGCGGCUGCUGCUGGAGGAGAACAGGCUCCUGCAGGCCUGGGAGGAGCACAAGGCCCCCCGGGGCGGGCAGGACAGCGCGGCCCCGGAGCGCGUGAAGGAGGACCACGCCGCCCUGCAGGGGCCCCGCGGCCAGGACGACAGCGCCCUGCAGCUCCUCCGGGAGGAGAACCGCGCGCUGCGGCAGCUGCUGGAGCAGAGACAGAGCUUCUGGGCCCGAGCGGAGGACGCGGCCGCCCCCGCCGAGGAAAGCAAGCCCGCCCCGUCGCCCCACGAGGAGCCCCGGAGCCCCGGGCUGCUGCAGGACCAGGGCUCCUGCCUCUCCUCCCCCUUCGAGGAGCCCAAAGGGCCGCUGUCCGCUCAGGAGGACCCCAAGGCGAUGCGCACUCUGUGGGAGACGGUCGGUGACAUGUCCGGGCCCCCCGGGGAGGAGGCCGCCAAGGCGGGCCCCGGCCUGCCCGACGACUGCCAGCCCCUGCAGAUGCUGAGAGUGAUGAGCCAGGCGCUGGAGGCCCUGCGCGAGGAGAACCGGCUCCUGCAGGAGAACAGGGCCCUGCACGUGCUGCGGGAGGAGCGCCGGGGCUUCCUGGAGGAGAACAAGGCCCUGUGGGAGAACAACAAGCUGAAGGUGCAGCAGAAGCUGGUCAUCCACACCGUGACCGAGGUCACCGCGCGCAUGGAGAUGCUCAUCGAGGAGCUCUACGCCUUCAUGCAGGCCGAGGGCAAGGGCCCCAAGAAGCCCAGCCGCAUCUGAGGCCUCCACCGUGCCCCGGACGCUGAGUGUGGGAACCGAACUCUCGGCGAAGGACAACCCCCUGCUUCCUCUGUGGUCCUCGCCUUCCCCCAGCAGUUCGUGCCUAUGGAAAAGCAGCGUUAGUGUCCUUCCUCAGCGCAGAGUAGUAAUAAAGACGUGAGGACGCUGGGCCCGUUGACACCAGCGCGUUGCCUCGCUUCUUUCUCUUUAUUUUUUAUAAAAAGUAGACGAUAUCUUAGAGUAGUUUUGGAUUCACAGCUAAAUUGGGCAGAAAGUACAGCGAGUUCCCGGACUCCUCCCGCAUUCUCAUCAUCCUGCAGGCUGCUACGUUAGUGACAGUCUGAACCUACAUUGACACAUCAGAAUCGUUCCACAGUCUGUAAGUUUGCAUUAGGGUUUGCUCCUGGUGUCGCACAUACCGUGAGUUUACAAACGUACAGUGACAUGCGGCCAGCACUGCAGUACCACACAGAGUAUUUUCACUGGGCUAAACAUCCUCUGUGCUUCGCCUACUCAUCCCUCCCUCCCCUUCCCACCUCUGGCCGCCACUGAACUUUUUAACUAACUGUAUUCAUAGUUUUGCUUUUUCCGGAAUAUCAUAUAGUUGGAAUUGUCAAGUGUGGAGGCUUUUCAGGUUGGCUUCUGUCACUUGGAUAUGCAUUUAAGUUUUCUCCGUGUCUUUUCAUAGAUUCAUAGACAGCUCAUUUCUUUUUAGCACUGAAUAAAAUGCCAUUGUUUGGGUGGAACACA